AUGACUUUCUAUGACUCUGUGGUGGAUGUUCACUGGAGCUGGAGUAGCAGAGUGACGUCUGCGGAAAUCCACCACCAUCUCCUUGGUCUUCCCCGCGUUGAUGAGGAGGUGGUUCCGCUGACACCAGUCCACAAAGUUCUGUAUAACUCCUCUGUACUCUGCGUCAUCGUCCUCGGAGCUGAGUCCGAUGAUGGCAGAGUCGUCGGAGAUCUUCUGGAGGACACAGCCGUCCGUGUUGUGUCUGAAGUCCGCAGUGUAGAGGGUGAAGAGGAACGGCGCGAGGACAGUUCCCUGGGGGCCCCCCCACACUGCAGGUCAGGACCUCAGACACAAAGUCCCCUGUUCUCCCAAACUGGGGUCUGUCUGUGA